AUGUGGAAGGAAAUGAAAAAGAAGUGUCUUCAUGCUAAGAUGAAAACAGCAGAGGAAACGGCUGCCUCUGAACUCUACAUGGCUCUCGUGGUGGCCCCUAAAAAUCCUCCCGCCAAAGCCGCCGGUCUUCAGAGCGAUGUGGUGUUUGAAGAAAUUGGCCGCCGCAUCCGAGAGGUUGGCAGUCAGCUUGUCCAGAAGGUGAAUGCCAUCUUUCAGUGGGACAUUAUGAGCGGAGAGCUGAUGGUGGCCCAGUGGACGCUGGACCUGAAGACCGGCUCUGGCGAGAUCUACCGAGGGCCCUCCCGCCAGUCCGCUAGUGCUGUCUUCACCCUCUCCGAAAACGACUUCAUGGAACUCGUUCUGGGCAAGGUCAAGCCUCAGCGGGCCUUCCUGGGGGGCAAGAUCAAGGUGAAAGGCAGUAUUUUGCUCAGUCACCGACUGGAGGCGAUCCUCAAAGACUACAUCAAGUUGUGA